CCAGGAAUGCAGGAGGAAAUGAAAGAGAAUAAGCAUGGAACCCAAGACUUAAGCAACCAUGUCCAGCUCCGGCGAGGCAGAGCUCCUACACACAUUUAAGGGGAUUCCCUUUACCACCAGGUCUUCUCCAGAGCUUUUAAAAUCCUUGGAUACUUUUGAUGCUAGAGAAGAUGAUGUCCUUUUGGUUUCCUAUCCCAAAUCUGGCACUCACUGGCUUGCAGGAGUUAUAGCAAAGCUUUACAAUACUCAAGUCACAAUAACAUCUCCCAUUGAAUUUGGAGACAUUUCCCGACUGGAAGAGCUGAAUAAACUCUCAUCAAAGAGAAUCAUCCCAACACACUUAGACUACAACAUGUUGCCUCCAAAUUUUAAGAAAAAGAAAUGCAAGAUGAUCUACAUCAGCAGAAAUCCAAAAGACACUGCAGUUUCCAUGUUUCAUUACUACAGAGAUAACCCAAACCUUCCCACUGUAGACACCUGGACUGCUUUCUUUGACCUGUUCUUAAAAGGCAAUGUUGUCUGUGGAUCCUGGUUUGAUCAUUUCCUAAGCUGGGAAGAACAUGAAGAUGAGAACAACAUCCUCUUUUUGUUCUAUGAAGACAUGAAGAAGGAUCUCCCUAAGGUUGUAAAGGAAAUUACUUUGUUCCUGAGCUUAAAUGUCAGUGACAAUGAUAUCCAAGACAUCUGCAGGAAGUCCUCAUUCUCAGAGAUGAAGAAUGACGCAGAAAAGGAGAACAGCGAUCCCAGUCACACCGUGUGUGCUUUGACAUCCAACAGGAAACUGAUUUUCCGAAAAGGUGCUGUUGGUGAUUGGAAGAACUACUUCACUCCAAAACAGAACAUUAGGUUUCAGGAGAUAUUUAAUGAAAAAAUGAAGCUCAGCAAGAUGGCAGACAGUUUAAUCUAUGAGUGCUGA